GCCGAGCGUCCUUUUCAGUUUUCCUGCUCGAUAAAGGUCGCUGUGACCGUAGUGGCCGCUCUUAAGCCCUGUCGCCAUGCUUUCGUUGGCUGCUCGUUCGGGGGUUUUCGCACCUUACUUACAAAGCACCGCUUUCGCUGUUGCUGGACCACUGAAGCCUUUGGCUCCUGGAGUUGCCGUUCAAGCCGAAAAGGUGUUAUUGGAUGUAAAGAAACCGUUCCUCUGCCGUGAGUCCUUGAACGGGCAGUGCGCGAAGACUGGGCCUGUUGUCGCCACUAGCCUGAAUGGUUUCUCCAAGGUCCGAUAUGCACACAGUGACAUCACAGUCCCAGAUUUCUCUGACUACAGAAGAUCUGAUGUCCAGGAUGUGAGGAAGUCAUCACGUGAUAGCAGUGACAACAGGAAAGCAUUCUCUUACCUGGUCACUGGAGCAUUUUCUGUAGUUACUGCCUAUACUGCUAAAACAGUAGUCACUCAGUUCAUUUCCACUAUGAGUGCUUCAGCUGAUGUAUUAGCUUUGUCCAAAAUAGAGGUCAAGCUUUCUGAUAUUCCAGAAGGAAAAAAUAUGACCUUCAAAUGGAGAGGAAAACCACUGUUUGUACGUCACAGGACUCAAAAAGAAAUCGAGCAGGAAGCUGCUGUAAGUCUGGCAGAGCUGAGAGACCCCCAGCAUGACCUGGAUAGGGUGAAAAAUCCUAAGUGGAUGAUUUUGAUUGGUGUGUGUACUCACCUUGGUUGUGUACCAAUUGCUAAUGCUGGAGAUUUCGGUGGUUAUUACUGUCCCUGUCAUGGCUCUCAUUAUGAUUCAUCUGGUAGAAUAAGGAAAGGCCCAGCACCUCUCAAUCUGGAGGUGCCAUUUUAUGAUUUUCUUGAAGAUGACCUUGUAGUAGUUGGCUAGUUUGAAUCUCCAUCCUCCUUCACAGCAGUUUGUGUAUAAUUUAAAAUGUUGUAUGUAAAGCUGCAUUGAUUUAAGAUCUGAUCAGAAAAAAUGUUUUGGGGGUUAUUUGUUUAAUAAAUCAUUUUACCUCA